AUGGCCUCUUCAACACCAUUGGUGAAACGAUCCCUCUCUGGGCAAGAACUCCCGGGAGACGAACCGCUAAGCUCUCCCGCAAAAAGGCGCCGGGUCAAUUCCGCUGAGAAAAUGCCCAUUGAGACAACGGUUGCGUCUGAACCUCUCAGAGAACCCAUGCCUUGGACAACUACCGAAACAGAGGUCUUAGUCGAACGUACCUUCAGUUUAAGAAGUGUGCUCGAGGAUGAUGAUCUGCCAAUAGAAUGCAACUGCUCACCAUUGCGCGGCCGAUCCGACUACCGCAUCUGGCGCCGCAAAAUGAAGCUUAUUCUGAGCCGGAAUCUGCUUUUGGAUUUGGUUGAGGGUAAAAUCGGUCAACUCCCUCAAUCACAUUACUUGGAAAGCCAAUUAGACAGUUUGAACGAGGCGGCGAGAAAAAUCAUUAAUACAAACCUAUCUGCCACUACCAGGCUGAUUGUUCGCAACAUUCGAAAUCCACAGAAGAUGUGGGAAAAAUUGGAAAAACACUGCAAACCCUCUGAUUGGAGCUUGGUGCGAUCUGGUUGGCUUGAGUUGCAGAAUAUCAAGUACAGCCAGUGUUGUGACGUCUGGGAGUAUGUGUAUAAGGUGGACGAUGCGUGGAGGUGCAUCUGCCUUGACCAGGAGGAUAUUCUUGAGAAGCACGAGGUUGCCCGUUGUGCUAGUCUCAUGUGCUCUUUGGAUACACCGAAGUGGGAAACUUGGAAGAUGGGGUUUCUUUCUAGUCGCAAUAUCAAUAUACCGAGCUGGGCAAGUCUUGUGGAGAGCUUGACGUCAGCCGAGGACAAGGGCAUUGUGUCCGAUCUUAUUGGUAUUGCAAUCUGA